UUCUGCUCGAGCGCAUUCAGUACGAUCGCGAGAGUGCGUGCGCGCGCACACACAUACCAAAGCGCCGACGGUCGAGCUCGAAGCGCCGUCUUGCUGCAAACCGGCUGCAAAAUAUCCCCGCUUGUUCCACAAGAGCGUUUCCGUGUGUCCGAAGAAAGACUUCCAAGUGCCCACACCCGCGCGCACACACCUUUGGAUGGCGCAUCAAGAUUUACUGCGUGAAUCAUCCUCAGCUGGGUCAGUGAUCAUUGUCGUCACACGAUCGUCGAUUGCUAAUAGCGUCUCGUAAUUCGUGGAAUAUUCAUAAAUUGUGCUAAUUGUGUGUGUGUGUGUAUGUGCGCCACAAGUCUUGUCACCAUUGAAAGUGCAUCCGCAGUGGCUUCAUUUGAUUUGCUUCCCCCCAGAGGCCUCAGGGGAAGGCAGAAAGGGGAAAGAGGGGGAAGAAAUAGUGCAGUGCAAUCUUUCCGGUUCCCCAGCCCUGCCUGGGGUGUGUAGCGGUAUAAUCGAAAAGCAAUUGACCAUCGAUAACUGGGUGCGAGCGGGUUGCAUCGACGAAGAAGACGGCGGUGGAGCAUUAGCGCCAUCAUCAUCCUACCCCCUUUUCGCUCCGGCAAUUUGUUGCAAUAAACCGAGUGAAUCGAUUUCCUGUGCCGUGUGUGUAUGUUUGUGUGUCUGGGAAGGUGCUGAAAGGGGGGUCCUAGUAGGCAAGAGCGUGUGACCGGGAGAGCGAUUUGUGGCUUGUGAUUGAGUGGGCUGUGGUGUGUCCUAAAUCGUCCCAUUAAGGAUAACUCUUCCGGAAAAGUGGCUCUUCCCUCCCAAAUUGAAUCGUGUGUGUUUAUAUCUGUGUGUGUGUGUGUGUGUGAUACAUCCUGCAAGUCAACCGUCCGAUUGGGGUUUUGGGCCGUUAGGAUUUUAGGCUGCGGAUUGCCAAAUAACCCUGGCCUGAUUGCUUCUCGGCAUGCCUUUGAUUCGUGUCCAUCGCCCUGUGUUGAUUCUGUGCCUGUAGAAAUGGGGCAAUAAAAUUGGGAUUGAGUGAUUCGAUUGAGAAGGUGAAAGUGUCUGCCUGUUCCAGUGCAGUGCAGUGACUGUGCAGCGGUAACAUCGAACGGAAAUUAAUACACUGCUGACCAAGUGCCGUCGGCUGGUGUGCCAUCGAAGCAGCAUCGAGGAAGACACUGACGAAAAUACCAAUUAGAUGUAAAUGUGAAGCGGAAGUGUCAUAUGCUUGUAAUGAGGCGCUUUGCGUCAAUCGAAGUGCUCAGCGACCGUCGGGAAUGACUUGAGCCCGGAUACCUCCGCAUCGUUUUUUGAAGCGAACGAGUCCCACUCUCAGUCAGCCAUGGAGAAGAGCCUACUGGUAGCGAUUGCGCUUGGCCAGUACGAGACGGUACGGGCGACGCUCGAACGGUCCAGCCCCGAUCUGGACUACCAGGAUGCGGCCUGCGAUGGCAACAGCGCGCUGCAUCUGGCCGUUCUCGCGAAGCACAACAAAACGCGCCUGAUCGAGCUGCUGAUCGAGGCGGGCGCCGAUUGCGAUCUGCGCAACCAUGACGACCUGACGCCGGUGGAGUUGGCCCUGGCGAACGGGUCCCAGUAUGUGGCGGAGUUUGCACUGUCCCGCGAGCUGGACGGUGUGCCGGACGAGGAGGGCCUGCGGCGGCUGAUCCGCCGCGGGUCGGUGGAGCUGCUGCGGAUAUUUCUGGAGAAGCGUGCGUUCGACAUACACACCAAGAUGAAACUGUUCGCCUCCAUACUGGACGAGCUGAGCGUGAAGGGCGUCCCGAUCGAGCGGUCGAUGAGCGUUUUUCUGGAGUACGAGCUGAUCGCGCACAGCUACGAAGGUCGUCCCGGUGGCGGUGCUGGAUCGAAGCGGGCGGCAGUGAAGGGCAAAGCGGCGGCCGGAGCGAACAAAACAGAGGCUGAUAGGCGUGUAGAGUUAGUGCUAAGCUAUACCAAAUACUUGAGCGAACGGUACGACCCGGACAACCUGAACGAUCUGGACGAUGGGUUCGUGGUGCGGCUGCGGGCGCUCUGCGAGUGUUUGCACUAUCUGGAUGGGGUGGAGCGUUGGCCACAGCUGAAACUGGUGCCGGUCGGCGAGCUGAGCUAUCUGUGCGGCGUGCUGCUCGCGAUACUGGAGAAGAGCGCCGGCUUCGAGAUGUACAAGCUCGUGCUGAACAAGCACAUGAUGGUGCGGUUUUUGCGCGCAGUGGCGGAGGAGCUGGAGGUGCUGGUGCGCCCCUCCAGCGACCACCAUCAACCUACCGUUCGAUCGUUCCAGUGGACGCCGCAGCUGCUGCUCGAUCUCAUCGCGUGCAUCCGCGAGCAGAAGCUGUCACAGUACGUCGCACGAAGACAGCGCGCUUGCGAGGCGCUUCACCGUAUCGCCACGUCCAACGGGCCGCUCACGCCCGCCGACGAAGCGCUGGUGCAGCGUGAGCUGGGACGCCGGGAGCUCACCACCCUGCAGGACAGCAAAUGGGGCGUCGCGGACUACGUCGCCUAUCUGCGGGCCGAACAGCGGACGACCGCGCUCACGGUCGGGCAGCUUUGGCACCGGACCCAUCCGAAGCUCCGCCUCCCGAAGCGACAGGUGGCGUACGUGGCGAGCAGGCGCGAACUGCUCGCGAAGGUUCGGGCCGCCCGCCAGCUGGCCGAGCUGAGCCGCGGCAAGGUGAAGCUGCUCGAGCGCGAGGUCGCCGCCCGGGAGCUGAAGGGAUCGGUCGCGGGCAGGGCGGUGCGGCGCCGCAACCGGGCCGUGUUCGGGCGGCUGCGGCGCACGUACGAGCAGGUCCGGCAGAUGCACACGGUCAAACAGAUUGCGUACUACGUGGAGAAUGCGCUCGUGCUCGAUCUGGACGAUCAGGCGAACGCGUCGCUCUGCUCGAUGGCGAUCCAGCGCGUCCUGCAGUACAUUGGGCAGGUUGGGGAGGAAGCGACGAACCUGCGGCGGCCGACCUUCGCCCGCAUGCUGACCAAUCUGCUCGAUCAUGUGCUUUCCCCGCUGGUCAACACCGGCACCACACCGCAGCAGGUCGAUCUGCGCGACAACUUCACGCCGCACUGUACCGUGGGGAAGUAUUUCCUCAGCAAAGCGCUCACGCUGGAGCAGGUCCGCACGAUCCAGGACCGGCUGAAGCCCGUCUACAGGUUCUGCCUGUACGCCAUCCACAUCCAGCUGAUCGAGGCGUACAAAACGUUCCUCGGGACGGCUUACCGGUUGCGCAACGUGGCGCAGCUCCGCUCGUACGCCCGCUACAUCGGCGAGUACAAUCUGCACACCCUGAGCCACAUCAAGUUCGAGCACGUGUUCUACGACGAGCGGGAAACGGGCCGCAUCGUGCAGGAGCUGAAGAAGAUGUACCUCGGCAUGGCGAACGAGCUGAAGCUGCUGUCGUUCAUCGAGAAGAACAUCCACUUCCGGUUCUACCACAUGCAGUACCACCAGACGCGGCUGCGCGUCACGCUCGCGAACUUUGCGACCGUGUACCGGGCGCUGAAAGCGAACGGGGACUUUGGCUGUGUGCGCCGGCUGGUGCAUUCGUAUCUGCGCCAGUCCUACCAGAAGUACGACAUUUCGCGCUCGAUCUCCAUCUCCGACGCAAACCUGGCGCUGAAGGAGCUGCUCCGACCGUACAGUAGCUUGAGCGAGAACGAGGAGUCGCUGCAGGUGGUGCGCCAUCUUGAGGAGCUGCAGCGUCUGAUGGAUCCCGACCGACUGUUUGGCAUCAAUUUGGGGCGCCGGGAGUGUGCUUCGGCGCACGAUCCGGCCGCUCGGUACGGCAAGUUUACCCGCAAGAUGCUACAGGACCUCAGCGCCCCACCGCUCAGCGACGAAGAGUUCGAGCAGCUGCACGAACGGUUGAGUCGCACGAGCUACGGCAACAUCUUUCUGCUCCAGCAGCGCUACAAAACGGUGGAGGAGUUCUUUCGCACGAAGGGACUGGCACUGGAGGCCGGGCAGCUGCAGGCGCAUCGAAAACAGGACGAGGAGCUGCUGCAAGAGCUGUUCGACUCGCGCGUGAAUGAGGUGAUGGAAAUGUUGGAAAAGUUUGACUGUACGGAUGUGGAGACGGUUUCGGAAGCGAUCGAGGAACUGCCGCCGGCGGUGCAGUUCGCGCUCGAGUACGGACUGGUCGAACUGCUCGAAAUUCUCACCACGGUUGGGCGGAUUGAACCAAUGCACUGGAACUUCCAAUCGACCGUGUUGAGUGGCUGCCGGCUGAAGGGUUUCCUUGCGGGAGGCCAUGAAUCGCUCGUGCUCGAGGCAGUCACGCGCAAGUCUUCCGCCACGAUCUUCCUGAACGUGCUCGCGUUCAAGCAGCGCGCAUUUCAGCUGUACAGCGGUGAACCACCCACUGCUAGCUGCAAGUCGGUGUCCUGUUGGGCGCAAAAGUACGCCUCCCGGUUGCAGUGGAUCGAGCAACAGCAAGCCCUGUUCGAAGCGGUCCGUUCGGGCAGCAUUAACGUAAGCGCCUUGCGCCAACAGGUCCAGAAAGGUGUGGCGAUCGAUGGCCAACUGCUGGGCGCACUGAUGCCCAACGAAUCGUGCCGGUACGGGCUGAUCGAUGCAGCCAUUGCGGGUGACUUCCGUGCCAUGAUCGACCUGCUGACGGGCGUUCCGCAAAACAGCGAACGUACCCAGCUGCUGCAGUAUCUUCUACGGCGCACCGCAAAGUCUCACUUUUUAGACGAGCGUUUGGAGGAGAUGAAAGAGUCAGAUCACCGCAUGCUGGUGCUGUAUCUCUGUCUGUUCCACGGGGAUGUGGCGCUGUUCCGGAAGCAUCUGAAACGUUUCAACGCGUCCGACGAGCUGCAUCUGUUUGUGAACUCCGAGGAUCAUCGGUUCGUACGGGAGUUGCUGACCGGAAUGCACGACUACGAUUGGAGUCGAGCCGAUGGGAACGGGAUGACCAUUCUGCACAAGCUGGUGAACGCAGGCAACCUCGCGGCGGUUGAGCAUCUCAUUGGAAAGAUGUCCCGGAAGCAACUGAACGCUCUAUGCAGCAUGAAGUACAGCGCACUGAAUCUGGCGGCUCGCUUGAAUCUGCUCGACAUCGUGCGGGUGCUGGUCGGUGCAAAGGUCAGUCUGAACGUGAUGAGUGAGGACGAGAAGCUGCCGGUCUACUGGUUGAUUCAGUACGGCAAUCCACGCUCGGUUGUACGGCAGACGAUCGAUGCUGCCACCGAGCUGACCGCUUUCUCGGGUGAGCUGUGUCUGCUGCACCGGUCGAUCGAGUACGACAACGAGGACGUGUUGCGGUACCUGAUCGAGGAGUGCAAGGUCGAUCCGAGCCGCAUCUACUCGAACUGCAACAACGUGCUGCACGUGGCGGCCGGGUUCGAUCGGUGUCGCAUCCUGCGCUAUCUGCUGACGCUGCCCGGGCUGCGCAAGAUCGUGAACAACUGCAAUCUGGUGAAGAACAGUCCGCUGCAUGUGGCUUGCAAGGAGGGAUACGUACGGUCGGCAAGGAUACUGCUCGAGGAGGGCGGCGCCAGUACGGACGCUUGCGGGGAGUAUGGGCUGAAUGCGCUCGCGUUCGCCCUGUACACGAACAACGGGCGGCUGGUGCGGUGUUUGUUCCGGCAGGAGGCUUCGAUCGGCGGUGCGCUCAGUUCCGACUUUCAGCCGAUCAAUAUGGCGAUCCGGAAUGGGAACUUGCGCAUGCUGGAGCUGCUGUUGCGGCGCGGCGUCGACGUGAACAGUGCGCCGCUGUGCUUUAUCAACGCGGUGUGCGCCGAGUCGCGCGACAUUGUGCGGUUGCUGAUCGAGCGGGGCGCCAGGCACGUGAACCAUCGCGAUGAGUUCUGUCAAACGGCGCUGCACGUCUGCGUGGAGCGGGAUCAGGUCGAGAUGGCGCGCGAUCUUAUUCGAGCCGGGGCGCAAAUCAACGCGAAGAAUCGGACCGGGGCGACACCGCUGCAUCUGGCGGUGCAGCGCGGCAAUGUGCGGCUGGUGCAGCUGCUGCUGGACCACAAAUGUUCGAUCGAUGAGCUAAACUACAACGGGGAAACACCCUUGAUCCGGGCGGUGGUCAGCAACAAUCUACCCCUGGUGCGGAUACUGCUCAACAAUGGGGCGAGCAUCGAGCGGCUGCGCAACAGUGAUCCGCCGGUGCUGCUCUACCUGGUGCAGGAAAACCACGAGGAGGUGCUGGACUAUCUGCUCGAGCACUACCAGCAGUUCGAUGCGAACGAGCAGGACGCGUACGGCAACACGCUGCUGUACGUCGCCACACAGCACAACCAUAUCAACAUCGUGAAGUUGCUGGUCGGGAAGUAUGGAGCGCGGGCGAACCCGACGAACCACAAGCAGCUGACCCCGCUCAUGAUCGCUCGCGUGAAGGCGUACAAGGAGAUCUUCCACUUUCUGGAGGCGCGGCUCGUGGAGGAGUAGGCGUGUUAUGUUUUUUUUUUUUUUUAUUGUUUGUGUUAGGAUAAACGUGUUGUAUUUAUUUGUGGUAUGGAUGGCAGUAGAAGCACACGUGCAAAUGUGUGUUUUUAUACAAGAAUUCGUUUCAUAAUUGGGGGAAAAAUGUUUUGUUUUAGGUGUAUGUAGUAGUGCUUAAAAAGUGGAGUAAGAUAGGAGGACGAAGGGAAGAGUGAAUUAUACCAAGCAAAAUGAAUUUAUUUAUUUGUAAUUUUGCAGCAACAACUGAGAAGCACAAGAGCAAAAGAUAGAGAGGAGGAGGAGGAGAGCGAGCGAACGAUUUCAAUUGUUUUAUAGUACCGCCUAGUAGCUUAAGGGACAAGUGCAACAGCAAGAUGUGUGCCAUAAAUGUAUUUCUUUUUUUUUUGUUCAAUUCCUUUUAUUUUCCCUGUCUAUCCGUUUCCGAGCAGUAGACCGGAGUUGUAAAAAGACGAGCAAUCGUUAGGCGAAGAAGCAAAAAUAGCAGCAAUUUCAGUAGGGUUAGGUUUUACCGUUUUUUUACUUUAUUUGUAUUUAACUUAAUGUUUCUGUAGCUCAAAUGUGUAAUUGAAAGUUUGAGGGUGGUGUCAGGCGUGUGGAGGAGUAAACUAUGUAACCCUUAAGUAAGUGUCAUCCUAGAUGAAUCCGGUGCCCCUUAGCCUGCACCCAUAGUAUAAGCGUUUGUAGAGAAGCCCUCCCUUCCCCCGUGACUUAGUGACAGCGAUCAAUUUGUGCUCCCAUGUGCGUGAGUGUAUGUGUGUGUGUUGCUGUGUUUUGUUAUCACAGAUAGAAGAUAGAAGAAAGCAAAAGAAGGAAGUAGAGUGAAAGUAACCACAUGAAAUCAAUUUCUUCCCCCCCCCCCCCCCCCAACAAAACAAGGCUCCAUUUUCAAGUACUUACAUACAGCGAGGAGAAGAGUAAAUGGUACAUCAACGUUGUAAAUAUCAACUUAAAUAUGGGGAAAGAGUUAGUAGAGCGACCACCGAAUCACUCGCUCGAACACACAGAAACGCUGUCCUAGGACAUUCCAGGUGAUAGUGCAAAUGGUUUUUUGUGACUUUGUUUUUUGUUUUUUGUUUUUUUUUUUGUACUUUAUGGUAGCAAUCACACACGCUUUUUCUUUCACACCGACACUCUGGCUCGUCGUUCCUUCACCGCAGUACCGCUAGUUUCAUCCCGUCUGUGUGCGUGUGUGUGUUUGCAAGGAGCUGUAGUUAAGAUUUCAUCCGUUUGCUUGUAUAGAUGCUGCAAACGUAAGGCCAUUUUAGUUCACGUGCUAUUUUUUAAACUAUAUAUACAUACACCGGUCGAAGGGAUAUAUACAUAUAGAGAUAUAGAGUGGUAGGAUGUAUUAGCAAACCAUAAUUAUGUGCCAAUCCAGUUGUGUUAGAUUUCCUUACUUUUUCUUGGUUUUUAUUUGAUUUCAUCUACAUGUGUGUGCGUGCGUGUGUGUAUGAGCCCCAUUAUACAAUAUGCCAUAAGAAGGAUGAGACAACAAUUGUACAAAGUGGUAAUAGUAGUAAAUAGUACCGUUCAUGUGGCCAUUAUGUAGGUUUUGUUUUUCUGUUUAAUUUCUACACUCGAUCGACACCGGUUCUGCCGUGGUUUAGUACUUUUUUUUGUAGCAAAGUGUUUUUUAGAGCGCAUUACUUAUACUUUACUGCAAACAUGAAGGCUAGCAGGAGCGAUAGCAAACGGGGCUAAGAAAUUGCUCACACACACACACACAUCCGUGCACACAUGCAACUUACACACCGGAUGGUGGAAUAUUUAUUGUAUAGAAUAGAGAGCCGAAAAUAAGGAGAGGGAAGGAGAGAAAAGGGCCAGAGAGGAAAGGUGACAAAAUGAAACUAGCAUACCGAUCAAAGCAAUCGGUCCUCCCUUUACUUGUGCGAUGUACUUAUUGGUUGAAAAUUGGAACACAAAUACACAUCCACACACACACACACCACUGUAUCACUGAAACUAGCGUGGUAAAUAGGCUGAAGGAAUGGUGGGUGGAUGGUAGGUUACGCACUCCAGUUUGUACGAUACUUGUCUAGAAUAAACUCCCCCCCUUCCUCUUUUUCCGCUGAUAAAUAUAAAACAUUCAGACAUGAGAGUGUGUGUGUGUGCGUGUCGUUUGUGGUCGAUCGCGGAGCAAAAACGUAGCAAUGGCACAACACGUGUGAAUCAGCGAAACCCAUCAUUACCGAGACGUGCAAGGCCGUGAGCGUGCGUGUGUGUGUAUGUCUGACGUGCAUAAUGAAAUAAACGUAUUGUUUUUUGAUAAUACAGA